CGGAUGUAAUGAAUGAAUGUUGAGUUGAAUUCAUGGUUGAGCCACGGAAGAUGCCGUCAUUCCGCCCCACCCACACCGGUCCAUCCGGCGACUUAUUUUAUGCUCCGGAGAGCAGGAAACAUAUACAGGAGAAAUAAAACCUCAUCCCCGCCCAGAGUCAUAUAAUAAAAGUCUAAAUGUGAAAGGUUUAUCCCCGGGGAAAAGCGUUCAUCCCCGCAACGCUUACCCGUCCAACCCCGUGGGGAGAAUAUCCUCCAUCUCUGGACAAUCCCUGACUCACUCCACCAUCCUAUAUAUUUCAAUUGCAAGCGCCGAUCCAGCACUCUUUACACCACAUCAAAACAAGUAAACUCAUCAUGCCAAUCGACUGGCCACCCGCAUCCAUUGCCAAUGAAUUCGGCAUCGCCACCCUCUCCCUCGGCAACUGGAGACAGCAUAAACUGCAGCCCCGACUAGAAGAAGCGGCGAAAGCGGGAUACAAAUGGAUCGACUUAUUCGACGAAUGCUGGGCUGCGUAUCUUGAAGAACAUGGUUUACCAGGGGACCAACUAUGGGAGCCAACGGAGGAGAACCUACGGGUUGCGCGGAAACUAGGUGAUCGGGUAAAAUCCCUGGGAAUGCGGAUCGCGUGCACACAGCCCCUCCGAAAGAUCGAGGGGAUCAAGGACCCGGUCGAGCGACGCGCAUCCCUGGACUUGGUCGCGAAACGAUUCCCAUUCAUGCGCGCAUUCGAUACCGACCUGGUAUUCAUGUGUGCCAGUAUCCGGACGGACGAUGGCGUGACCUCCGAUUUGAAGACGGUGGCCCGGGAUUUGGCAGAGUUGGGAGAUAUGGCUCAGGCCUUCGCCGAAGCAGAUGGGGGGCCGAUGCUACGUAUUGGCUAUGAGGGCCUCUCGUGGGCGACAAGAAAUACAUGGGCAUCUACGUGGGAGGCAGUCCGGAUGGCGAACCGUCCCAAUGUUGGGCUUAUAAUUGACGCCUUUAAUGUGCUAGCGGUCGAGUAUGCCGAUCCGUAUAACCCGGCCGGUCAUGGACGGCUGUAUUCUACGCCUGAGGAAUCGGUCGAUGUACUUUGCGCAUCUAUGGCCGGGCUGGUCGCGUCUGUUCCCGGGGACCGUAUCUUUUUCUUCCAGGUCGGUGACGCUGAGCGUAUGGACCCGAAGAUAUUCCAACCACCAACCGAUCCGGACGUGCCGGCUUUGCUGCCCUGGUCAAGGGGCCACCGGCUGUUUCCGUAUGAAUCCCAGCGAGGAGGGUAUAUGCCUGUCGAUUUGGUCGCGGCUGCUGUGGUUGCGACAGGGUAUAAGGGUCCCAUGUCGCUGGAGGUGUUCAAUAAUUCGUUGAAUCAGCUGGAUGCAGGGGUCCCGUCGGCCCAUGCUCGGCGGGGGUUCACUGGCCUUCGGAAAUUGGCCGAUGCUAUUCCCCGGGUGCCUGCCUUUUGGGAGAUGUGGCAGCAGGGCCAACACAAGUUAGCUGGCUCUGUUCUUUCUCCGCGGGCACAGCGUCUGUGAGAGCUGAGUUCCUUCGGCUUGAGAUUGUAUAUAGUGCAGAUAAGAUAUAUCGACUAGACCACACCGGUCCCCUAUUGAAGAAGCCUAAGGUUGUUUAGCAACAUGUGGUGCUCUGAUAUGAGCUAUUAAUACAGUUUUAUAACGCAUAGAA